AUGGGUGUUGCCACCCUGAAGGACUGCGAGGCAGCUGGCAGCAAGUGCCAUGCUGGGGCCGAUUGUCUGCAGGUCAGAAACAACUUCACCUGUGAGUGCCGCAUGGGCUACCAGGGCAAUGGUCUGCUGUGCAACGACAUUGAUGAGUGCCUCAGCGGUUUGCAUGGCUGUCACUCCAAGGCUCGCUGUAACAACAACCUUGGCAGCUACAGCUGUGUCUGUAUAAAUGGAUAUGUUGGAGAUGGCACUAACUGCCAGGACAUCAACGAGUGCCAGAAAGACAACGGGGGAUGCCAUGCCAGUGCCACCUGUAGUAAUUUGGAGGGUGGGAGACAGUGCCGGUGUAAAAAUGGCUUUAGGGGCGGCGGCUUUCAGUGUGAGGAUAUAAAUGAAUGCGCAAACUCACGGAUCUGCCAUUGGAACGCCUCAUGCACUAACAACCCUGGUUCUUAUGUUUGCACCUGUAAUGCUGGAUUUAAAGGAAAUGGAAACUACCUGUGUCUUGACAUAGAUGAAUGUUCAGAGACUCCUCGUGUGUGUUCUUCUUCACUUGGCUACAAAGGCUGUCAAAACCUGCUUGGCUCAUACCGCUGUUCUUGCAAGAGUGGCUUCCAAAGCAAUGGGAAGAGCUGUGUGGACAUCGACGAAUGCGCAAGCAACACCUGCAGUCUGUAUGCAGACUGUGUUAACACACUGGGGUCAUACCGCUGCACCUGCAAUAGUGGUUUUGACGGAAACGGACUGACCUGUGUAGACCUCAAUGAAUGCAAUGGAAUCAAUGAAUGCGACCCAAGUGCAACUUGUAUAAACAGGCUUGGGAGUUACGAGUGCUCCUGUUUGGGAGGUUUUUUAGGAGAUGGUCGUCUGUGUGAAGACAUUGAUGAGUGCGCAACACCAAACAUCUGCCCUUCUAUCACUAACUGCGUCAACACUGGGGGGUCAUAUUACUGCAACUGUGGUAGAGGAUAUACCUUCAAUAACUCCAAGUGCAAUGACAAGGAUGAGUGUUUGGAGGACCCCUGCAGCCCUUAUGCAAACUGCACAAAUUCACCUGGCUCUUACUCUUGUCAGUGUGCAGCAGGAUACAGGGGGGAUGGCUUCACUUGUGUGGAUGUGGAUGAGUGCUCACUGGCUAAGCAGUGCCACUCCAAUGCCCUUUGCAGGAAUGUCCCUGGCUCCUACAACUGCACCUGUCAGGUGGGUUAUUCUGGAGAGGGGGUGAUCCAGUGCAUAGACGUAAACGAGUGUCUGCUGGACAAUGGAGGUUGCCGGAACAAGGCUUCAUGCGUCAACAACCAGGGUUCCUUUUAUUGCCUGUGCCAACCAGGAUACAUCUUGGUCAACCGGACUCUUUGUCAGGAUAUAAAUGAGUGUGAACCAAACAAUCCAUGUGGAGUGAAUGAAAAGUGCAAGAACAUUGAUGGGUCAUACAAGUGCCCUUGCCAGGUCGGAUACUACCGCCCGGCCAGCAACAUGGACUGCGUUGAUAUGGACGAGUGUAAAGAUAACUCGUGCCAUGUUAACGCAACCUGCCUCAACACCAUUGGGUCCUUCACUUGCACCUGUAAGCGAGGUUUUGCAGGAAAUGGCACCCAGUGUGAGGAUAUAAAUGAGUGUUCUGUGGAAAGUACAUGCCACACACGUGCAAUAUGCAACAAUGUCAUGGGGGACUUCUUUUGCUCCUGUCAGCUGGGUUUCAAAGGUGAUGGCUUUUCAUGUGAAGAUGUGGACGAGUGCAUCCUCUCUGAUCCUCUUUGCCCAGAUUUCUCAAAGUGUAUAAACUCCCCUGGUGCUCAUGUAUGUUCAUGUUUGAAUGGAACAUUGGCCUCCAAUGGCACCUGCGUGAUACCCAGUCCUUUGUGUGACCCUGUCUGCCACAGUCGUGGACUGUGCCACCAAUCACCUUCUGGAUACCAGUGUGUGUGUGACGUUGGUUACGUGGGCGACGGGCUGGCUUGCUCUGACAUAGAUGAGUGUGAGAGGGAAAACAUUUGCCCUCAAGAUGAAACGGAGUGUAUGAAUACCCCAGGAUUGUAUUCAUGUGUCUGCAAAGAAGGCUACACUCUCAACGGAACACAGUGUGACGAUGUAAACGAGUGUGAGUCAGGACAGCAAGAGUGCAGUGAGUUUGCCCAGUGUGUCAACACAAUUGGCAACUAUUCCUGCUUCUGUCUCAGCGGUUUCUCGGGUGACGGGAAGAACUGCUCUGACAUUGAUGAGUGCCAAGUCCAAAACGGAAGAUGCGAUCCAGUUGCCAGCUGCACUAACACUCCUGGAUCUUUCUACUGUGCCUGCCCACCUGGCACGAUGGGCAAUGGCUCCGACUGCCAGGAUGUGGAUGAAUGUGAGCAGAACUCGACCCUGACACACAACUGCAGCUCCCAUGCAUUGUGCCAAAACACAAACGGGUCCUACACCUGCCAGUGCCAGGAUGGAUACCAGGGUGACGGCUUUGUUUGUGAGGAUGUUGAUGAAUGUCAGUUGGCCACAACCUGUAGCAGCAACAUGACAUGCAGCAACACACCUGGUUCCUACACAUGUUCAUGUAUCUUGGGCCUGGUGUAUGAUGAUGGCACAUGUGUGAGUGAAGACACCUGCCUGAAUGCUAGUAGCGUCUGUCACCCACUUGCCAAGUGCUACCCACACAAGGGUUCCUUCUACUGCCAUUGCGAAAAUGGCUAUGAGGGAAGUGGUAUCGGAUGCUAUGAUGUUGAUGAAUGCAACACAUCGCAAGAUCAAGUCUGCCCUGCCUUCUCCUACUGCUUUAACACAAAUGGCUCCUACAUAUGUGACUGCUGGGAAGGGUUUCUGAACAAUGGGACACAUUGUCAGGACAUGGAUGAAUGUUUGACCGGUAACUUCUCCUGCCCUGACAACAGCACCUGUACUAACAUAGACGGGAGCUAUGAAUGUACCUGCGACCCUGGCUUCGUAGGCAACAGCUCCCUGUGUUUAGACGUAGAUGAGUGUUCCAUUGGCUUCAUCCAGUGCCCUGAAUUCUCAAACUGUCUAAACACAGUUGGAUCUUUCGUCUGUGACUGCUGGGAAGGUUACAAAGGAAACAACACUGACUGCGAGGAUAUUGAUGAAUGCCAAGACAACUCUACCUGCCCUGAGCAUAGCACAUGCAUUAAUGUCAACGGAAGCCAUCUGUGUAGUUGUGACUUUGGAUUUUCCAGCGUGGAUGAUUUGUGUGUGGACAUCGACGAAUGCAGUGACAUGGAGUUGGGUGAGCUUUGCACCAAUGGCACGUGCAAGAAUGCUAUCGGUUCAUUUUACUGUGAAUGCUUCAAAGGAUUUUUGAGUAAUGGGACAGAGUGCAUGGAUGUAGAUGAAUGCUCAGAUUUCCUCAACCCAUCAGUGUGUCAGCAUCAUUCAACAUGCAUCAACAUCCCUGGGUCUUACCGUUGCCCCUGUAAUGAGGGGUUUAUUCUGAAUGGUACAGAGUGUGAGGAUGUGGAUGAGUGUAACGACCCAGAUGGCACCCCUUGCCCUGAGUACGCAAUAUGCAACAACACAGCAGGGUCCUUCUUCUGCCUGUGUUCCCCUGGGUACAAACCCAGUAGCACAGGCUGUGAGGAUAUCGACGAGUGCAUGGACAACACCACUUGCCGCUUCGACCAGGUGUGCGCCAACCUGCCUGGAGGGUACAACUGCUCAUGUCCAUUGGGGUACCAUGAGGAGCAGCAGGCAUGUGUCGACACCAAUGAGUGUGAGGAUUCACCGUGCCAUUCCUCUGCGCGGUGCUGGAACACACUUGGUUCCUUUUCAUGCCACUGUCCUUUAGGCUCCACUGGAAAUGGCUCCUGGUGCAAAGACGUAGAUGAGUGUGUCGCCCUGACUAUACCGUGCCACUCUUCUGCAAGGUGUCACAACAGCCCAGGGUCCUUCGUAUGUGUGUGUAUGCCCGGCUUUGUGAGUAUCGGACCACUGUGUGUAGACUUUGAUGAGUGCCAACAGGCCAAUGGGCAGUGUCACCCAGCUGCCACCUGCUCCAACUAUGCAGGAGGCUUUAAGUGCUCUUGCAGUCAGGGCUGGAAUGCUACCAAAGACAACGGUCAUGGAAAAGGAGGAUGUGUGGACUUUGAUGAGUGUGUUUUACCCACGGCCUGUCCUGGGCAGACAUCCUGCACCAACCUGCCAGGGUCUUUCAACUGUUCAUGUCCCAAAAACAGCGCAUUGUGCAGAAUGAUGACUCGGGAGGGUUGGUUUUGCCUUUGUUAA